UGAAAGACAAAGAAAUGCCAGCCCACCAAACUUAGAGGGCCACUGUCCACACUUUCGUCCACACUUUCGUCCACAGUUUACACCUACCCAAAGGAGAGUGUUCAAAAUGGCGGAUCCGUCGUACACCGCGAAGGUGACCCACGCUCAAAAUGCCUACAAAAGAACACUUUACAAGGAAAAAUUAAUGAAAUUGCAUGAUGAAAGAAGGGGUGGAAAGUUUCCUCCAUUUUCAAUUGAGCCUGUACCGGGUGAACGAUCGCGGUUGGCCUCUCCCAUGACCGAUGAAGUGCGUGCGCUUCGGAAGCAGUGGGUUCUUGAUCAAAAACUUGCACCUCAUGAACCCGUUCACGUCCCUGAACUCAAGCCAUUGAAUCCUAUUCGACGAAUGUAUAGAGCUCCGGCAGAUUUCCUUUUCUUGAAAGCUUUGAAACCUAUCCUCGGUUCACAAGCCGCCAUGUUCCGGUACUUUGCACCAAAAUUUGGCAUGGGACUGUUUGCCUUGUAUGCCGCUUGCUACCACCUGAAAUACAACUCUUCUGAUUGGGAAUUGUCAAAAGGAUGGCACAUGAGUAUCAGCAGACCGCCGAUGCUGCCUACUGAUGAAAAUUAUCCGAACGCAGUUCACAAAAGGCCCGACCAGUUCUACGACAAGAAAUUCUCAAAGACUGGAACCAGUCUAAUAUAGACAUUUUGUUUGAAGUUGAUUAGGAAAUAAUGGUUGAUAUAGUCAGUGUGCUUGGAAUAUAAAUUUGUUAGAAUUUCUUAUGACAGUUGAGGAAAACAUUCAAGACUUCUCCAGGAGUGGUUCUAUCCUCCAGCCGACCUCAAGUUGGUUCAAAAUGUGCAAGUACUAAUUGUCACUUAACUUGCAAAUCAUUCUUUAGCUUCAUCACACAGACAAGGAUACAAUAUCACAAGAAAAGAAAUUUACAACUCAGAAUGCUGUGCUGUGGCUUUUUCAUUUAUCUUUGUUGUCAACUUAAGGUCGGCCUGAGUAUAUGCAUGACCAUGUUGUAAAAUCAUAUUUCAGUUGGUGGUUCUGAUAGUAGAAAUGGUGAAUAUCACACUUCAAGCCAUGGAAUAGUAAAAAUUGUACAUAUUGUAUGUGUGAAAUAUGAAUAAAGUAUUUGAAA